AAGCAGUACUUCAAAACACUGCUGCCUCCAUUUAUUUAAACAUUUCAGAAUCUUACUGUCACGUCCCCACCCCCUGCCCCAAACCUCAGCAAAUAACAACCUUUAUUUUUGACACUGAAAAGGAAGCCAGGAUGCAUUCAACAGAAUCUUCAGGAUGCAAAUUCCUACAGUUGCACCUACGGUGGGCAUGUGGAGCUGAUUUUCACCAGCUGAUGAGCUUUAACUGCCAGUGCACUGCUGACUGUAGGACUGGGGUUUUCAGUCAGGUCUGGCCAAAACACAGCUGGUUUAUCCCUCUCCAUUUGAACAGCCGCGCCCCUGGGCUAUGGGUUUCAGCUGACUUUAGACAGAGGGGCUGGAGAAUGAUGGGAAGCAGCUAGGAAAUAAGGGUUUUCCUGCUGAGCCCAAGAGGUGGGAUUUCUGGGGUCUUCCUGAUGGUUCAAGUGGUCCUCCUCCUGCCUCGGGCUCCUUCAGGGUGGACUAUUGGACAGGAGAUGACUGCAGCAGCCAGUCCAGGGACAUUCAAACACGUUCAUCUACAAGAGAGAAUUGAUGACAACUCUGUGAAUCCAGGUCAGCAUUUCUGUGGGAUUUAUGAGACAUGUUCGGACACUGGAGUGACAGGGGAAAGCGAGCCAAAUUAAUGACAACUGCCAAAAAGUAGAGCAAAAAAGGUAUACUUUCCCCUGUGUGUCAGAAGCUGAAUUUAUGCCAGGCUCUGUCAGGAUGUGAAAGAAAACGUGCUCAGAGGCUGCUGAGUCCCACAACAACUCUUCAUUUCCUGCUGCCACUUCCUCUUCUCACUGUACCAGAACCAGCCAUAGGAGCUGAAGGAAACUAAACUGCACUUCAUGUCCCAGUGGUGCCUUCCAUGCAGGAGUUGAAGAAAGCUUGGAAGACUAUAAACAAGUUUUUGAAAGCACCUGAAGGUAGUUUUUAUUCUCUCUGGUUUGCAUAUUGUGAAACUGGAGCAUUGAAAAGUUGAUUUUCAGUUUCCUACUGCUCAGCACCUGCAUUAAAGGUCAGCAUUUCAGAAGCACUACGAGUGCUUGGGAGGAACCAAGCUCUUUCUCAUAACUUUGAACAACAGCCACCUCUUUGCUAAAUUUGCUAGUGUGCACAUGCUGGGGAAAGUCAGCACUGAUGUUGACUAAAGCAGAGUUCGCAAUCUGUUUGUGGCACCCGAUAGCACCUUCGUUAUCACUGUGCUUUUACCUUCCCUAAUGACUAAUGCACCAGGAAUACAUCAGCGACAUGCAAACUGGCACAUUUUUCAGCAAGCACAGUCACCCUGGAAAUUGGAAAUCCUUCUCCCCGUCCUGCCCAUCUUUCCCUAGGAAACUGUUUCUUAAUGUGGAAGAUUGUUUAUGGUGCUGGCAAAAGACUCAAAUAAAGUACUAUGGACAGAGAUGUCUCCAAAGGCCAGCUUCUGGCACCCUACUGCUCAGGCAAUGGGGUGCAUAGGAAUUUGUAUUUAAAGGCUUGGUCUGUGAAUAAGAGACCCAGUCGCUCACAUCAAUGUUUUGUCUCAUAACAUCUCUGGGCAAGGAAGAAGCCAUGUUUCUGUGACCCAUGAUCAUGCCAUAAUUAUCCCAGGUGUAAAUGAAGAGCUGGAGCUACAGUCAUUGAAAUUGAGUCAGUGACAGCAAAUUUCACCUGGUGUUUCUGGUGUUAUUUUAGAACCAGUGACCCAAAUUGUAGCACACAGACUGCAAUGUAUUUAUUGCAUAAACACAUAUAAAUUUUGGGCAGCUACAAUACGGUGUAUACUCCUGCCGCUGUUUUGACAGUCUUAGCUCAGUGAAACUACUAAUUGAACUUUCAGUGCUGAAAAUAAUACAGCCAUAUGUGUAACUGCAGUGUGUACUUCAUAAAUGAGAUGGUGGCACCAUAAACUGUGAAAAUAAUGCAGCUGUAUAAAAUUAGAGUGAUGAAUGUGCAUUGGCCUGCAAUUCUACUGUGGAAGCCAAAGCUGGUACCAAACUCCCUCAAAACCGCGGGCGUUUAAACAAGCUUUAUAGGGCAGCAACUGCUUACUCUGCACUUUCGUGUGUGGGAUACAAUGCUGGUAUUUUUUGUUUUCCCUUUCAUCCAAAUUUUUCUACUUUGGUGGCAUUUCUGUUAUGAUGUUCGUCCUCCAAUGUAGGUGGGCUUUGCUUCAGUUUUGGAGAAAACCACCCAUUCCAGGCUACGACUAGCUGCUGUGGGCUGGGAGCUCCCAGACGGGGGGAAGAUGAGAAAUAGGACAAAGCAAAGUAUGGCAAUGGGGUGAACAGGAAUUUGAUUUUGCUGCAUUGAUCUUCUAAGGACAGAGAAAAUCUUCAGCGGGUUGUCACCAUCACAGGCCCCCCUGCCUUCCCCCUUCCCCUGCACACAGCUCCUCAAACAAAGGAUAAGUUAGAACAGGGGACAAACAAAGACCUAGGCCAUCAAGGGCUGAGAGCAGAAAGACAAGGGACAUGAAUACAGCCAAAUGACACUCAAGUCAAGAGACAAAGGACUGGGAGUGAUUCCUGAUGACUCACAGAGGAGGGAGAGGAUGAAGAGGCAAAGACCAUGAUUACUAUCAGCUUCUGGAGGGAACAUCCCAGCCACAUCCCAGGCUAUCAUAUGGUGCCCGGAGGGAAGAAGCCAGGAGAGACGUUGAGAACUGGUUAGUGAGUCAAACACCUCUUUGUAGUCACAGGGAAGCCUGGCCGAGACUGCUGGGACAUUAUCUGGAGAAGACAAUGGUGAUGAAACAGGUUAGGGGUUGUUUUAGGGGUUGUUGUGGUGGGCUUUUUUUUAGGUUGGAUUUUUUUUUUUUACUAAAACAAUCUGCAGCUGCUACAGUAUUGCAACAUUAAAAGAUUAAGGUUUAGCGCAAUUAAAUCUCUAGCCAGUGUGAGUACUCUGCUGGAUGUUUCCUGAAAGAGGCACAUUCGGGGCGAGGGUAGGUCAGCCAUCAGCAGAUAAACAGAUAUUUGACAACUUCCAGACCCAGAGGAAUUGCUGCAGGCGAGGGUGCAUCACUGGGGGGUGACUGUCGCUGUUUAUCGAUCUUGAUAAGCAUGAAGAAACAUCGGUGGACAAGUAGCAGCCAUGGCUCUUACACUGAGACUCUCCCUCUGAUAUUACUCCACAAAACCCCCCAAACCCCUACAUCCCAGAAGCGAUUAGCAGCAUGUGAGGCUUCUGCAGGAAACACCGAUGAGUCCAUAUGCAGAGCCCUAUGUCAUAGCACACUUUUGUUGCCUAAGCUUACAGGUGUCAGAAUUAAAUGAGAUGGUGCACUGCAUGUACUCAGCAGAAAAAGAUCACACCUCACAGUCAGAAUAACCUUGCUCUGUAAAUAUGAACUAUUUUAAAUUUCAUUUUUCAUGCUGUGGCAACACCAUUGCACCCCUUCUGCCUUAAAAUAGCAUUCACAAGAACCAACCCGCUGGUGAGGCUGUGCUGGGGCUUCAGCUGCAGACAUGACUACAUAGCAUUAGCUCCAAAGAGAGGGAGAGAAGAAACAAGUCUGUGGUCCUGUGCUCUGUUGCCGGCAUAGGCCUUGGUGCAGUGGAUAAAAACGAGGCCUUAUUCCCUCGCCUGGCCCUAGGUCUGCUGUGGUGCUGAAAGUUUCAGGCCGGAGGUUUUCCUGUGCUCUCCAUAGCUGCUGCUUGGUGCUGCCCUGAGGAAAGCAGCAUUGGGAAGGCGGGUGCUGCCCUGAGGAGAAGCGGUGGGAAGGCUGUUCUCCCUUGCCUACAGGGUGUCAGGGUGAGGCUCACCACAAGGCCUGCUGUGCUUCCUUGCACCGGCCGCCAUGGAGACCUUAUCCCAGGACUCUCUGCUGGAGUGCCAGAUUUGCUUCAACUACUACAGUCCCCGGCGGCGGCCCAAGCUGCUGGACUGCAAGCACACCUGCUGCUCCGUGUGCCUGCAGCAGAUGAGGACCAGCCAGAAGGACCUGCGCUGCCCCUGGUGCCGUGGCAUCACCAAGCUGCCUCCGGGGUACUCUGUGUCACAGCUGCCCGAUGACCCCGAGGUGAUCGCCGUCAUCGCGAUCCCCCACACCUCGGAGCACACCCCCGUCUUCAUCAAACUCCCCAGCAAUGGGUGCUACAUGCUGCCCUUGCCUCUCUCCAAGGAGCGGGCGCUGCUGCCGGGAGACAUUGGCUGCCGUCUCCUGCCCGGCAGCCAGCAGAAGUCCCUGACGGUGGUGACGAUCCCCGCAGAGCAGCAGCCGCUGCAGGGCGGCCUUCCCGCCGAGGCGGGAGCGGAGGAGCCGGACCGGAGAGGCGCUGUGAAAAGCUCCACCUGGUCGGGGGUGUGCACUGUGAUCCUGGUGGCCUGCGUCCUGGUCUUCCUCCUGGGCAUCGUCCUCCACAACAUGUCGUGCAUUUCCAAGCGCUUCACGGUGAUCUCCUGCGGCUGAGGCGGCGGGGGCUGUGCUCCCCCGCGGGUCAGUUGGGUCGGGUCGGUGGUGGUGUUGAACAAGACAAUUCCGUGCAGCUUUCCCCAGUGACUGCAGGACGCUGUGCACCCGGGCAGUGGUGCCCGCCUGGCUGUGGCCCCUGGAGGGGUGGCAUCAGGCCUGUCGGCAGCCUGCGGAGAAAACCACAUCCCGUGUCUGGCGGCAGUGGCACUGAGGAGGACUGCAUGUGUCACCUCAACCAUUUAUCAAAGGGACUGCAACUUCACAGUGAUCUUUUUUUAUUGUGUUACAGGAUUAAAGACCUCUAUGUAGCUGGUUAUACUGUGAUGUAUACAGUACGGGCUCUUCUUUAAACAGAGUAUAUUAAAAUCAAAACUGCUCCACGUAGAAUUAAAUGAGAACUGGCGCACAACUGUAUGAGCUGUUCAAUACCAGUCCACACAUGCAUUAUUUUUUAAUGAGGGGAGGGAGACAGACUCGUAAAACGGAGAAAUCAUGUAGCUGGUAAAGCAUUUUAUAUGUUUUAAACAGCACAUUAAUUAAACCAAGUUACGGAGUUGUACAAUAGAUUUUAAAAGGUAGCAUUUUACAAGCAAUUAUUUCCUUCCUCGGUGUCUGUUUUUUGCCUCUGUUUUUCCCCAUUUUCUCUCAACUACAGGGAAGUGGAACUUCCAGCAUCUUUUAUUUGAAGGAGGUUUGAAGAAGGGAUUCAAAGUAGGCUAGAAAGAAUACCUAAAAAGUGCAGUCAAAACAGUUCUGCCUAACUGGCUUUAUGGGAAGGAUGGCUUUGCAUGGUAAACAUUGGACAUCCUCUUCCACCUCCAGUCUGGCUGCAGACUUACUGAUGACCUGGCCUUCAUAUCCAUUAGUGAAGAAAUGGGUCAUGUCCUGCAAGGAUAUGAUCUCAUAUUGCUCUUAAUUUUCUUUUCCUGCAGGUUACGUUUACUUAACUGUUUUUGAAGAAUUUAGACCUAUUUUGCCUCCCUCUUUCCUAGGAGUUGCAACUGUGCACUAAUGGGUGGUGUGACAGAGGUGUUGCUCUAAGAAAGUUUCACCAUCGAAACUGAGACCAAGGACUGUUUUAUGCAGUCAUCUAGUAAAGGCAGUGAUGUAUCUCGGAGAAUGCAGGCCAGCCUAACCUCUUACUGGGUGGGCCACCCCUCCUAAACUGCUGUGACUGUCCUGGUGUCAGAAUGUCUGGGUGAGCGUGACAGAGCCUCUUCACAUAUUUCAAUCUUAGUAGUGUUGAUGAUUUCAUAAGGACAGAUUUGAAAAACAAACACAGUAAGUGUCCCUCUUCCCUUUCAUGACAGUCUUCUGUGACUGUCAUGAAACCCCAGUCAUUAGCAGUUCACAUCUUGGGAAGAGCCAAAUUCCUGAAUCUUCACUGCAGUAGCACCUUGCUCUAAGCAGUCCCACUAGCUUUAGUAGUACUGCUCAUAAGUAAAAUAGAGCCCAGUGUGAAUUUGGUAUUUGGCAAGUCUGAUUGCUGAAACUUAGAUGAGAUUUAGGGAUUGGAUCAAGGGGCACGUGGCAGACCUUUAAUAAGACAGAAAAAUCUGUUGAUUUGCACUGCUGCUUUUUGUGAGUACAAGGCAUAACCUCCCCGAACUGUGUCCUUUUGUUGUCUGCCUACUGUUCUAAUUCUUGGAGAUUGCUGAAUGCCAUAUUAUAACAUAGUUUCGACUAUGCAGUGCCCAAGUUGGCUCCGUAGUCAUCCUUGGUUUUCUGGUUUUGUCACAAAAUCCAGUUGCUGGUUCACAAUAAACAUUCUCAGCUUACACUUUUGUCAGGAACAUACCUCUGACUUCAUGCUGGAUUUUUUUCCCUCCCUGUUUAUAAGCCACCAUUUUCUUCCUUGAUUUCCAUUAAUGGAAGAAUGGAAUAUAGGGUGCUUAGUUUUGUUGAUGUGUGUUUGCUCACAUAGGGAGAGGAACCAUUGUGCUGAUUUUUAUCUACUGUCAUAUGUAUGCAUAGCACAGGAAAAAAAAAAAAGUCUUCAGUUAAAACACUCAAUGCCUUUUUUGUGCAAGGCCCAUGUGCAGUAUGCCUUGAAUCUGGCUUGCAAGUAUUGUAAUUACAUGGACGCCUCUCCACAGUCCGCAGCAUGUUUCAUGUGGUUGCAGUAGGGAACACCAGGUAUUCCCAAAUGUGUCUUGUGAACGUGCUCGUCCCUUGUUGCCAGUAGCUAGCCAGAUUUCUACUGACAUCCAUUCUACACUGCUUAUUGUGGAAAGGAAAGCCAGUUCACAAAAAAUCCUGCCUUUUACAAGACUCUUGGGGAACUGACCAGACACGGGACUUGACCCUCUACUGCCUUAUCCUGUAGCAAUUGCUGGGUGUACCAGAAGCUUAUGGCAUAGGUGAAAGCUGCUCCAAGAGCAGUGCUGGUGCAUUUUGUGCCAGCUUCUGCAUUUGUUUAUCUGAGUUAUCAGUGAGUGCACAAAACCCCGAGGCAGUCAAGGAGCAGGUCCUGGUGACACAGUGGUGGUAAUGUUACCUCCUUCCAGCCAUACCUGCCCGACUGAAGCUCUUGAGGCCAAGGAUUCUCUGACAUUGCAAAGAAAGGCCCUCUUCAUCUCCGUAUGGAGAGUGCAGAAUAAAAGUGGAAUCAGAAAUUAGGUUAAAAUACCACACUGCAUAACACAUUAUACAACAGGCAGACCUGGAGUUUAUCCGGAAUUAAUGACGUUAAGUGUUAUAUUAGCAGAAUACCAUCCUGUACUACGUAACACAGUACAUUGUUUUGUUAAUAUGAAUUUCCUGUACUUUUGUGCCUGCUGAAAUGCAUGUUUGACCUAAUUUCUGAUCCAGACAUUUGCCUGCUCACAGCCUUGUGUAAGAGCAAUAAGUAAAACCUCAAGAUUUUUGCCUGCGUGUAUGCGCAUGGUGUGUAUGUUCAUUCCUUUUUAUAAUAGGAGUUCUGGAAAAGUUUUUGUUCUGGCUUUAGACUGUGACUAGAAUUUUAAAUUUGCAGCUGUCAUAUAUGUUAGAUCACCUAGCUUUUUUGCUGACUUGUGUAGAAAUGAACUAAAUAGUUUGUUGUAAUGUACAGUGUUAAAAUGUUUCUCAAGUAUGUCAAUAGUCAUACUACUUUAAAAAUGCAGUGCAGUCUGUCCCAUUCUUUGGUUCAAUACCUGGCAUUAAAAAGUGAUACUGCUAAUUUUUUUAAUUAUUAUUUUAAAAAAACAGCCUUGUCUUUGUAAUCUUUCCUUUGUGGAGAAACACAUUUGGACUUGUGCCAAAAUCAACAGGUUCCAGGUUAGCUUUUGUUCUCUGAUGUCCAGUAAGAAGUCACUGCCCAGUUCCACCAAAAAGAAAGACAGAAGCUUACUGUGACUCAGUACUGUUUGAGAAACCAAAACUUAUGCUAAAAUGUGUGGGUAAUUAUUCAAGCACCUGCAUUUUUAGAGCACAUUACUCUGUAUGAAUGUGUAUUUAUUUGCUUGUUUAAUAGGAAAGGUGUGUGUGUUGGGGUCCAGUUUCAGUUUUUUUCCUGGAUGGUCCCAACUUCCAUUGUUGGCUUGUGCUUUGCUGGCAAACAGACUUUAGGGUUCACUCUGUGAAAUUUUGUUUAGUGAAUUUUAAAAAUUCAAAAUAUGCAAUUUUGGUAUGCAGGAUUUUUUUAGGAAGUUGUGUGUUCAGUGAUUGUUCAUGCUUAACCACAAUGUAAAGGAGCCUGUAUGUUUUGUAAACAUGGAGCAGUCAUGAGUCCAAAGUUUCAUCUUUACUAAUGAAACUCAUUCUGAAUAAAAUGUUAGCAGGAAAAGAA